UGAAAAAGCUUGCAGCAUUCAGAUACUGACCACCGUCGCGUACGCACGUUGCUGCGAAGACGAAAACGCGCUAUUUAUAACUGACUCGUUCUUGCCAAUACAAAGGCCGUUUGUGUUAAAGCACGCGGAUCGACUUGUUGGAGAAAAUGAGCGGCAAUUUCCUAACGAUACCCGGAGAUGAUGCUAUUCAGAGACGAUCAAGGAGUUCGUCGCUUACGGACUUGAUAUCCGCCUUCGACACAAAAGCACAGGCUCACACCGAGCUUCAGAAAGUAACAGCCUUCAGCGGACAAUUCGACAAGAACCACAAGCCAACAUUCUCAAAAGACGAAUAUGGAAAACCUAUACCGGGUUCGAUGACCGAAUACAGAGGCGCAGAAGCACAAGCCAGAGUAUGUACAGAAAUGAAGGAGCUUUGUGAAAUCAUCAACGAAUACGGAAAGACCCCAUGCAAGAGUUUAUUACCGCCUGAAUUACAAGACGCCACCAAAGUUAUAUCAUUUGGAGAAUUAUUUACUAUAUACACGGUGAUAUCGGACAAGCUGGUCGGGAUACUUCUGAGAACGCGUAAACAUCAGCUAACGUUCUUCGAAGGAGAAGUAUUGUUUCAGAAACGUGACGAUGAUGUUCCGGUUUUCCUCAUGCAACCCAUCGACGAUAUAAGAACGUAUUGCAACAACAAAGCGCUUCAGGCCAGAAGAUCGGUGUCGCCUAUGCCCAAUUAAAGCGGAAAAAAAAAUUGAAAUAAUCUUUAGGAUUGCCGUGAAACAUUUAUAAUUGUAAAACUUAAAACUAAUUACGUUAACCCGAUAAGUGUGUUAUUAUGAAUACGUUUUCAAGUACUUAAUUAACUUUCAAUACUAUUACGAUUGUACAUAAUAGUAAUAUAAUGUUUGAAAAAAAAGUCUUAUUGGCUCUAGGCUCUUUAGUCGAUUAGUUAUUGCUGCUAGACCGGAACAUCGAGAGAAAACAUUAAACAAUAUUUAAUGAUCAUUUUCUUAAUACCACAUAUUUAAUUGGAACUUCGUGAUCUUGAAAAUAUGAAAUACAGUACAUAAUUAUUAUUUGCUCAAAACAACAAAUCGUAUUAAGUUCAAGAACCUCUUUGUUCACGAAACUGGGCGUUAAUUUAUUGUCUAUUCCCAUUGUUUAUUCCAAAAUUUGAAUAUUGUUAUUUCAAUAGUGUAUCAGUCAUAAAACAUAUAUGUGUGUGUAUCUAUUUAUGUGUAACAGGAAGUAAGCUAAAAUAUUCGUAAGAAUCUUAAGGUGUCUUUCGUGACUACAGAAAACCAGAUGAAAAUGCGCUGUUAGAAUUUCGAUCAACAAUUAAAUACUUUGGUCAAAUUAUGGUAGGACCUCGUGUGAGUCCGCACGGGUAGGUACCACCGUCCUGCCUAUUUCUGCCGUGAAGCAGUAAUGCGUUUCGGUCUGAAGGGUAGGGCAGCCGU